AUGAUAAAUAAACUUGACUUCAAUCAAAGAUCCUUCGAAGGUAUCAACCUCAAGGAAUAUUUUACUGUGAUGAUCUUAAGCUCAUCUGCUACUCAAGCUGAUGUCCAGGUUUACAAGGCAUUCCAAAAGGAAUACCCUCAAUUUAGCAGAUGGUUUAAUCACAUCGCUUCUUACACGGAAGAAUUCGAUGCCUUACCCGCAGGUAACGUCCCUGCUUCGAAGGAGGCACCGGCCGACGAUGACGAUGAUGUCGAUUUGUUCGGUUCAGAUGACGAUGAGGUAGACGAGGAAGCUGAGAAAUUGAAACAAAAGAGAUUGGCCGAAUACGCCGCUAAGAAGGCUGCUAAGGGCCCCAAGCCUGCAGCUAAAUCUAUUGUUACCUUAGAUGUUAAGCCAUGGGAUGACGAGACUGAUUUAGAGGAGUUAUUAGCUAACGUUAAGAGUAUCGAACAAGAUGGUUUAACUUGGGGUGCUCACCAAUGGAUCCCAGUUGGUUUUGGUAUCAAAAAAUUGCAAAUUAACUUGGUCAUCGAAGACGCGAAGAUUUCAUUGGAUGACUUACAACAAACUAUUGAAGAAGAUGAAGACCAUGUGCAAUCUACUGAUGUUGCUGCCAUGCAAAAAUUAUAA